CCCACCACCUCGUCUCUUAUUCCUACCAGCAGACAAUGGCAAAUGUCGUUACCCACCCACAUCUACAGGUCGGCUUUCACCCUGGCCCAGUUGGCCACUCACCUUCACCACUGGGCUUCGGAUUUGGCCUUUCAACCACCGGAAUGAUGCAAGGCUGGCCGUCUCCAGCCUCACAUACCCAGCCAUCACCCUGGGCCGUCGCGCCACCACCAUCACAAGUACAGACAAGGCUGGCGAAGAGGCGACUUGAGCCGGAGGAUGAGGACCGAGACGAGAGGAUGGACAGGAGCCCUACGCCGGAGAGACCUAAGCGUGCCGCACCGAAGCGGGCUCGCACCACGCCUGCCGCAGUUUCAACUGCUGGGAAGGAGCAGCAGCAUACUGCGAAGGAGAAUAAGCCACAUUCGCAGAAUGAGGAGAGCGACGUGGAUGUGGGCUUUCUGCUAGCGAGCCUACCUCCGCAGUCUCUCCUCCCGCUUGUCACGUCGCUGCUCUCUGCCCAACCCGCACUCAAGUCUACAAUUCUUUCUCUCAUCCCCCGCCCGACUCUCGACACUGCCUUACAAGGAUUGGCUAAUUCAGCCCAGAAACUGAAGGAAGCAUACCCGUAUUCAAAUUCCGUCUUCUCUCAGCCAGGACCUCCCUCGUUCAGCAUUCCCGGCAGCAAUCGCGCAUCCCAGUCGUCGUUUUCGACUGGCUUUGGUUUUGGCGUUCGACCUGCAGCCGGUACCGGUUUCGGCUCGGCGUCUUCCUGCGCGUCGAGCGGCGGCAUGCGAGAGGAGUACAUCAUAUCCCGCCUACGACCCCACAUACAGGAGUUUGUCUCUGCCUGUUUCUCAUACCUCCCCUACUUCUCCAUCGCCACCACGUUCGAGCCUGCAUUCUCUUCAAGAUCACAUGCAGCCCAGACCCAUGCCUCCGCUCUUCGCCAACAACACAAGGACAAGCUGCACCCGACGGAAACCUAUCUCUUCCUCGCCGCCCUCACGUCACACGUUCUGUCACAACCUCCGCUUACGCAAGCGUCCCUCGUGCCCCUGCUCGUCUCGCGUUUGGAGGAGGAGUGGAAAGCUUGGGUGGAUCAUGUGGACAAGACCGUGAACCAGCAGGGCGGUAUGUUCGGGAGGGAGACGGUGGCCACAUGGGAGCGUGGUUUGGACGACUUCGCGCAAGCAAAGGAUCAUGGAAUGGAGAUGAUGAAGGACAUCCGGGAUCGUUGGGUUUCGAAGGUUGGUUGGCUAGUCGGACGACAGCCCGUGCAUCACAUGGACGAGCUUUGAGCUCGCGCGCCGAAGACGAGGCGGGUUUGGUUUCUCUUAGCGAAGUUUGUGGACCUACGAAUGUUCAUCAUUCUCGUAAUAUCCCCUGCCCAUCUUUCACCCAGUUUCCGUAGUCGCACAGCGCUCAGCAUCUGCAUGGCUUCCGUUCCCUCCACAUCGUAUUUUCUACUCCACUUGCUUAUCCGCAUCUGUACAACUGCAACGCCUCCCCAACCUAGUAUGCAA